CUACUGUACUUAGCAACAAACAUCUCCCUGAGCGCGACAAGCAGCACAGAAAAGUGCCAAAAAACAACCGACGAUAUUCACUCGAACGAAAACGAAAAAAAAACAAAAAAACAGGACGACCAGCAAAAAGUGACCAAUCAGUCAUUCACAGCCCAAAGUGACGUCAACGGAUACCUCUCAACCCGCCUUUCCAUUCCGAACCCCUCUUCGACCGAGCGAAUACAGCACAACUCUCCAUACCUUGUUAGCCUCAGCUGUGUCUCCGAGGCAGACGCUCGGCAAACCGAAGAAACUGAACCCGGGGGGAGAAAGGAAAGCAAAAACGAAAACAUGGCAGGAGAUGGUGAAGAGCACGAGGGCGCGUCGGUCCAGGAGCGUCUAAUCCACGCGUGUAGGACAAACGAUGUGGGCAUGUUGGAGCAGAUUGUCGAGGAGAUAGGGGACGAAGAAAAGGUAGCCAAGGUGCUGAACGAAACCAAGACGGUCAUGGGGAACCAUCUUUUGCACGAGGCGGCCUUGAAAGGGAACUACGACGCAAUCGACUUCCUCUUCUCCCAAGACGGCCUCGAGUGCGACCCCAUAAACCGCGUCGAGGGCGACACGCCGGUGCACAGCGCGAUCCGGUGGACCAGCCAGCAGACGGACGCCGAGGACCGGCAGCUGGGCGCGGCGCUGGUCGAGAUGAUGCUCAGCGACGGAGCCAGCACCCGCAUCCGCAACAAGCAGCGCAGGACACCGCUGCAGCUCGUCGAGGUCGUCGACAAGGGCAACGAGGCGCUCAAGGAGAUCAUCAGGCGGCAGGAGUACGAGGAGCUGAACCGUGGGGAUUUCGUCGACGCCGAUAGUGUGGCUACUCCAGCGGUUUCGCAGCAACAGGUCAGGGAGGAGAGCAGUGAUGAUGAUGCCGAGUUUAGUGGCAGUGAUGACGAGGAGAGGGCGGAGUGGGAGAGGAGAAGGAAGGCCAAGGGAAAGAAGAUUUGAAUGGGCCAUAUCCGUCUGGCUCUAUUGUGUUUCUACGUAUCUGUAACCUGUCAUUUGGGCUUGGCUUGCAUGUGAUAGUGCUGCAAGCAACUAUCUAGACUGGGGAUUUUAUAUCCGACAAGGCUUAGGAAUGGACAGAAGGUCCGUCUGUUGGGUUUGUUUAAGAAGCUGCGGAGCAUGUCACUUGAGUUGUUUAUAAACCUGCAUGCUUUGACUGUCGGGCGAAAUCGGUUAUUACCAAAUGUUACACAAAGUAAAUGUAUU